CCAGGGUUCGUAUGUUUUCUCUAAUAGAAGCAUCCUCGAGCUCUCUUCCAGUUCUUUCGGCCAUGGCGAUUUUCUCCAUCUCUCGCGACCUUGGCCCUUUGUUGCUGCUUGUGCUUACGGCCUUUGUGUGGAAGAAACACUUUUACAUGCGAGGUCUGACCUACCGAAAAACGGUGGUCCCUGUGAGUCGAGAACGACUCAUGAAAAGCAUUUUCUAUGUGGGAUUUCUCGGCAGCAUCGAUGCAGUUCUUCGACGCUCUGGUCAAUUGCUUGCUCGCUUGCCAAUCAUGGCGCACCUUUUGCCUCGCGAAGCUUCGACCUCGUUUCUCCUGCGCAUGUUACUGCUUCACAUGCCUUGGGCAGUUUGGGCUUUAAGGGGUCCUUUGAGCGAUCGUGGCUCUACUCGCGAUGACCAUGGCUGGUCAGAUACUGUGACCCGCUCCAGGUUUUGGAAAGCUGUUGCCUCCUACUUCGGCUGUCGUAUCGUGCUCUCGGAAGAGUGGCGCCAGCUGGAUGAGACGCAGCGCCGUCGAUGGUACGAUCGACACUACGUGAUUGCAAUGCACCCGCAUGGCCUUUUGCCUUUGGGUGCCAUUCUCAAUGGCCUCACCUGGGCUGGUGGCGGUUUGCGCGGCAUCACUGCCUCCGGAGCUGAACUGCCGGAACCGGAGAAUGGCGGCAAGCUGCUCCAUCAACGUUGGUUCAGGCAUAUGAAGCUUCGGGCAGCUGUUGCGUCAGGAGCUUGUGGGCUUUUCCCUGGCUUCUAUGAGAUGUUCACCACUCUAGGUGCCUUCGAAUGCACCAAGCCAUUCAUCCGGGAGAGCUCCUUUGCAAGUCCCAACCGCUAUGUGUGCUUCAUCAGCACUCACAAAGGCUUUGUGCGACUUGCGCUAGAGGAACACCGUGAUAUAUUGCCAAUGUGGACCUUUGGUGAUGAGUCCAUUAUGCCCCAGAUCCUCCACCGGCCGGCAUGGCUGGUAGCUUUGCAGAGUUUUUGGCGGAGCAUCACCGGCAUACAAGUUCCCCCAGCUUUCUCUGGUUUUCCUCAAUUGGUACCUUUGACUCUGGUCACAGGCGUCCCGGUCUCCUUGGAGGAUCUUUGGCCGGCGAAGCUGGGAGAUGCAGUGACAGAUGCAGCAGUGGAGGAGGGGCAUCGGCGCUAUGUGAAGGCGCAGCAAAAACUCUUCGAUAGCAAUAAGGCCUUGGUAGCGGGCGGCCACCAAAACGCGGUCAUCGAAUUUCUCUGAAGAAAA